UGAUCAAUGGGCGUCAAUUUAUUUUCAAUCUUCUCUUCUCUCUCCUUUCUCUUCAUCUCUAGGGUUUUGCUUCACAAUUCUCUGCAAUUUCAAACCUGACAGCUCAUCUUCUCUUCUGCCCAAUCCUUCUGGGUUCAGUUUUACAGUGAUUUAAUGAAUUUGUUUGUUGGAUGUUUUGAUAAAUAGUGAUGAGCUAAAAUGUACAUCUAGGAUUGCGGCAUUUGUAAGGGUCGUAUUUUUAAACCAAUGGAAACUGCAAGGUGUUGGCUCAACAAGUUGAAAUCUAAAGAUAAGUCACGGCCUUCGAAGAAGAAAGAAGGUGAAGGUAAAGCAAAGGAGGGGUCUAAACCGCCAACAAGUGAAGAGGCGCCAUCAAAUGUCACUAAACAGCGCGUUGCUGCUGCGAAGCAGUAUAUCGAGGACCAUUACAAGAAGCAGAUGAAAAGCCUCCAGGAAAGAAAGGAGAGGCGUGAUAUUCUAGAAAAGAAUUUGGCUGAUGCUGAAGUCUCUGAGGAAGAACAAAACAACUUACUGAAGUAUUUAGAGAAGAAGGAAACAGAAUACAUGCGUCUUCAGAGGCAUAAGAUGGGUGCCGAUGAUUUUGAGCCAUUGACCAUGAUAGGCAAGGGUGCAUUUGGUGAGGUUAGAAUCUGUAAGGAGAAGGCAACUGGUCAUGUUUAUGCCAUGAAGAAGCUUAAGAAGUCCGAAAUGCUUCGUAGAGGCCAGGUUGAACAUGUGAGAGCCGAGAGGAAUCUACUUGCAGAGGUUGACAGUAAUUGCAUUGUCAAAUUAUAUUGCUCCUUCCAAGACGAAGAGUAUCUAUAUCUAAUUAUGGAAUAUUUACCUGGGGGAGACAUGAUGACUUUACUGAUGCGGAAGGAUAUACUAACCGAAGAUGAGGCCAGGUUUUACGUUGGAGAAACUGUCCUGGCGAUUGAAUCGAUUCACAAACAUAAUUAUAUUCAUAGAGACAUCAAGCCUGACAACCUGCUCCUUGAUAAAGACGGUCAUAUGAAAUUAUCGGAUUUUGGAUUAUGUAAACCAUUAGAUUGCAGUAACCUUCAGGAAAAGGACUUUUCCGUGGCAAAUGUCAGUGGAGCUCUUCAAAGUGAUGGUCGACCUGCCCCACCAAAACGCACACAACAGGAGCAACUGCAGCAUUGGCAGAGGAACAGAAGGAUGCUUGCAUAUUCUACGGUUGGCACACCCGACUAUAUUGCUCCAGAGGUUUUGCUGAAAAAAGGAUACGGAAUGGAAUGCGAUUGGUGGUCUCUUGGUGCUAUCAUGUAUGAAAUGCUUGUUGGAUAUCCACCCUUUUAUUCUGAUGAGCCAAUGUCGACCUGUCGGAAGAUAGUAAAUUGGAGAACUCACUUAAAAUUUCCCGAAGAAGCAAAACUAUCCCCGGAAGCUAAAGAUCUUAUCAGUAAACUCUUAUGUAAUGUCGAGCAAAGGCUAGGAACGAAGGGUGCCAAUGAAAUUAAGGCACACCCAUGGUUCAAAGGUGUUGAAUGGGACAAAUUAUAUCAAAUGAAAGCUGCAUUUAUUCCUGAAGUCAACGAUGAGUUGGACACGCAAAAUUUCGAGAAGUUUGAAGAGGCUGACAACCAUAUUCCAUCUGCAGCAAAAUCGGGUCCAUGGAGAAAGAUGCUUUCAUCCAAGGAUAUAAACUUUGUGGGUUACACAUACAAGAAUUUUGAAAUUGUAAAUGACAAUCAGUUACCAGGCAUCGCCGAGCUAAAGAAGAAGAGCUCGAAACCCAAGAGACCCUCCAUCAAAUCCCUUUUCAAGGAUGAGUCUGCUGCGGCUGCAAGUCAACCUGUUCAAGGGAGCUUCGUAAACAUCUUGCCACCUCAACAUGAAGCCCCCAAAGAACAUUAUAGAAAAUGACCCGACACGAUUACGUGGUGCCGUUGGAUUACCGAUAAAGCUAAUAUUUACUUGGUGAGUAGCUUUUGUUUCUACCACAUCUUACAUUUCAAGUUCUCAUUGGAAAGUUUUUAAGAGUAAACAUAGUGAGCUGACAUUAUGAGGUCUGUUCUUGAAUCAGCUAGGUGAUUGUUCUU